GCCGCCUCGUCCCGCCUUGCCGGCUGCCCAUGUCGGAGGUGCGGGUGGCUGCCGCCGGCUCCUCCUUCGAGCCCCCCGCGGCUGGGGAGCCGGGAGGCCGCCGCUGCUCCGUGUCCGAGGGGGACGCGCAGGGCCGCCGCUCACCUCCUGUUCCGCCUUCUGAGACUCCAGAGAAUGAAGAUUCAGCCCCAAAACCAGAAUCUGCAUCCCAGACAGUCGCCUCAUCAGUGUCUGAGGCCUCACAGUGCAGGCCGCAGAUUGGAUCACCUGUGAAUGUGCAUGCUGCAGAGGAUUCUAGAAAAGGUGAUGGUACAUCAGAGGACCAGGAUGUGGCCGGACAAGGAGAGAAGCUGGCUGACCAGAUCCAGCCCCCCAGGGAGGAGGCCGUAGUGCGGAUGACCAAGUACCGUGCCCCACAAGGACCAGGGGAUAUAGUCAUGAUACAGUCGGAACACACAGGUGCAGUGGAUGUCCUCUCUGCAGAGCUGGAGACUGCGGACCUCCUUGGUGAGCAGAGAAAAGCUCAGCCUCCUCCUCUGGCUCCAGCCUCCACUUGGACCACUUGCAAGAUAAGGGAAUUCAAAGCCAAAAUGGGAAAGGAGAAGAAUGCUCGGAUGGUGGUGAAACGGGGUGAAGUAGUGACAGUCCGGGUGCCAACACACCCAAAUGGGAAGCGUGUUUGCUGGGAGUUUGCUACGGAUGAUUAUGACAUUGGCUUUGGGGUCUAUUUUGACUGGACUUCUGUCACCAGUACUGCCAUUACUGUGCAAGUCAGUGAAUCAAGUGAUGAGGAAGAUGAAGAGGAAGAAGAUGAGAUCGAAGGACUCACCCCCAUUGGAGAUGUGGAGAGGGGCUCUAAAAGCUAUCUACGAAACCGCUAUGGGGAGAUCAUGCCUGUGUACCGAAGGGACAGUCACCGGGAUGUGCAGGCAGGCAGCCAUGACUACCCGGGCGAGGGCAUCUACCUGCUCAAAUUUGACAACUCCUACUCCCUCCUGCGCAACAAGACUCUCUUCUUUCAUGUCUAUUACACCAGCUGAAGGAGUGGAGGGAGCGGAGACAGCAGGCAGGUAACACUGAGCAAAGCAGGCUGCCAGCCGGGACUGGCACCCCCUAAUUGGCACUGCCCUGUGGCCAAGUGAGAGACCUGGCUCUCUGCUCUCCUGUGGAUAAGAACAGGUUUUCCCCCAUUCCCUCCCAGCUUACUCACAGGAAACGGUAGCUGUGGCUGCUCAGUCGUCCAAAGGCAACUCCUCUCUCUAAAUUUCAGGAAGCCUGCUCUGUGCAGGCAUCAGGCUGGGACUUUUCAUUACAGCCAGUAAAUUGUCAGAGGGCAGAUUCAGGUGGCAGCGUUUCUUUCUGUUGCACUUGUAUGAACUGAAGCUGAAAUACCCUUUUAUUUAAAAAUCCUCAAACUCUCCUGCCACCUCUGGAUCACCAGGGGGUAACUGCCAACCACACUUUGCUAGGAGGCAAAGCCACCUGUACCACAGGCACUCUCCAGCUGCAUCCUAUCUGCACUGCUGUGCUUCAUACACUAGCCAAGCCUCCAUUAAUCUCUGAGUGGGGACUCAUCCCCCCAACUACCUGAGUUGCAGCCUGCAUCCUCUGACCCCAUUUGUGGUGGUGUAGUUAUGUCACAAGUGCCAGACCCAAUCGCGUGAAACCUUUAUUUUGGAGCCUUGCAGAGGUAAUCAAUAAGAAGAUCUCCAUAGGAAAGGGAAAGCAAGUGUGGCUGGGGAGGUGGAUACAGAUCAUCCUGACAGUGGGGAUGUGUGAAACUCCUGUCACCAACAAAAGUUUCUCUUACCUGUGGGGAAAAUUGAGCUGCAGCCUCUUGUGUUAAUGUAAAACUGUUAACAAUCCCAGGUCAACACACUUUGAAUCUGAAAAAUAUGGGAUCAGCCUUUCCUUUAUAUACCCGCCUGGAGUUAGUGAGUCCCUGAAGUCAUUGCUAACGCCUAACAUGUCAAGGAAUGCAGCUCCCUGGCCCACCUCAGGGGUUAGCAAUGGCAUUAGUGGUCAGCCUCUGCUCAGCUCUUGGCAGGAAUAAGCAAGGGUCACAUUAAUCUGUCAACAGUUGGGUUUUAAAGGGUAUUUAUUUGUAACUCUUUAAGAUUUGAAGUGAGUAUUUAUUUGAUUUUAUUCAAUAACAUUCCCCUUCAAUGUAGCUGCUGAAUUUGCUCUGUGGUGCGUCUGUUUGGAGUUAGACUGGCUUUGUGCAUGAUGAUUCUGGUGAAGUUCCAGUCUGACACCCUCCAGAUAUUGCCCUUCUGUGCAGAUACAGCCCUCACUGCAGAUGGGGUUAGUGUUGUUGUGUAUAAAGUCAGUCUUCACCCUCCUAAGAAGCCCAGUAAUUCCCUGGUGAUUCCAUACCUCUUGAUUCAGACCCUUCUUUUUAUCUGCUCUGCCUACUUAAGCACUCAGGAGCAAUGUGUAGGUCAGGGAGGUAAGAGCAGAGGGAGGCGUACAGUUGAGCAGCCCUUGCCAGUCUGCUGCUUCAACAGUAGUGGGUGGGGAGGGCAAGGCAGCAUAGGCUCAGGCACCAACAUGUGUUUUUGUUUUUCAGGAGAGGAAGGAGGCAGGGAGCACUACUGCUGUGCUAAAAGAGGAGGGAUGAGGAGCAGGGCUGCUCCUCUUUUAAGAGGCACAUAGACAAGGAGGGAGCAGCUGUAGCUCUUUUUCUCUUCCCAGGAAGGGAAAGGGGAGUGAAGAGCAGAGUGGCCCAGCCCUGGAGGAGCUGGAAGGUAAAGUAGCCUCCUAAUUCCAGGUAGCAUCAGUGGAGGGGCCCUGCAAGGAGGAAGAGAAGCAGGAUUUUUUUUUUUUAAGGGGAGGGCCCUCCCUUCCCUUCUGAGCAGCCUGGGCAGGGGCUCCUCUCUCCCUGACCCCCUAGCGGCCUGGGCAGGGGUGCCUGCUUCCUCCCCAAGCCCUCUUUGAAGUGCCAGGGCAGGUACCUCCCUCUCAAGUUGCUUCCGUCCACAACCUCUUCCCCCCAGGGCCUGAUCAGCUAAUGCAAGGAACCCCUCUUUUACUCAGUCUGGCUCUCAACUUCCUAAACACCAGAUGUGGAGCAGAGUCCUGCCCCAUCCCUUAAAUAUUCUGUUUCUGACUGUAAAUCUCCAUGUCCCCUGUUCUGCCACCCC